AGGGAAGUUAGAGUAAGGUCAAAGAGUGAGAUUGAGCGUGAGAGAGAGUUAGUAGAGGAUCCUAACUAUUCUCCACCUCCCACCCUUUGUAAUGAAAGCUACGAAAUGGAAGAGAUGUCGUAUGAGGAGACAUUAAGCAUUGGCAGAGGUGAAGAGGUGGUGCCAGUAAGGCAAGAUGAGGAGUCUGAAGUGGAAACUUCGACGAGCAGGGAAAGUGUAGAGGAGGAGGAAGAGGUGGAGAUCCCUGCUAAGAUUUUGGAAGGUAUUGAUGGGAGGCAAAGGCAUUUCGAUGAGGGGGAUGUCGUUUCUAAGGUGAUAAAUUAUGAAGCGUCCUGGAGGGACAAGAGUAGCAUGGUGCACCUGGCAAAUAAUUACAGCAUUCCAUCUCAUGUGCUUUUGAGGCCUGCUAGUGAAGAGGAGCGAGCUUGUCCGUCUCCUGGGGAUCAUUGGAUGUCGGUUUAUGCACACUACCUGCAAGCUGGGCUAAGAUUCCCCAUUCCAAAAUUGUUGGUGGGGUUGCUGAACGAGUAUUGCUUGGGCUUGACAUAGCUCAUCCCAAAUGCAGUCCGGUUGAUCAUAGGUUUCUUAGUAUAGUACCAAGUUCAAGGUGUGAUCAGGCCAACUGUAAGCCUGUUCAAAUAUUUUUUCUUGAUCAAGGGAGAGAGCAAUAAGGAGAAGGGGUGGUUUUACUUCACACCUCAAGUAGUGAGGGGCCAAAGCAGAAACCUUUUCAACUUUGGGCCUUCCUCCAUUAAGGGGUGAAAGGAUAAAGUUUUUCUUUGUCA